AUGUCGUUUCGGGGCGUUUUGAAAUCCGGCAGGGAAGUUCUGCUACAGUAUCCGCGCGACUCAAGAUGGUGGACGCCUCUCAGUAUGGCAACUAUAACUAUGGUGGGCACAGCCUCCAAGCUUUUUGUCAAAGGCUGGCAUCGGGCGUCAAUAAAAAACGCCUAUAUACUGAAAGAGGCCCUGGAACAGAGCAAACGUGAAGGCAGGGGCCUCGUAACGGUUAUGAACCAUGUGUCUGUUUUAGACGACCCUUUGGUCUGGGGGACUAUGCCAUUCAAAAUGUUCUACACAAAGGGGUACAUGAGAUGGACAUUGGGUGCCGAGGACAUCUGCUUCAAAAACAAGCUCACCUCGAUGUUUUUCUCGUUGGGCCAGACGCUGAGCACUAAACGGUUUGGCGCCGGUCCCUUCCAACCGGCACUUGACGCAGCAGUCACUCUGUUGUCGAGAUCAUCUGAUUCCGGAUACCAUUUGACAAGCCACGACGGCAUUCCGCCCCAGGUUGACUGUCCUCAAUGGGUCCAUAUUUAUCCCGAAGGCUUUGUGCAUCAGCCGUUUGCUCCACAUGAAAUGACAAUGAAGUAUUUCAAAUGGGGCAUCAGCCGGUUGAUUCUGGAGCCCGCCCGGCCGCCCAUUGUGCUGCCAAUUUUCGGCCAUGGGCUGCAGUCGGUUUUUCCCGAAGACUUGCCUAAACGAGUGCUGGGCCAUGGCUUCAAACGACCCCUUCUCUACGAGGUUGGUGAGCCAAUAGACGAGACCAAGAUCGCCGAGUUCCGCGGAAAAUGGGCCGAGCUGGCUCAGCCCUACGCAAAAGAACACCACGUUCCCGCACAGCUCCAAACCGGCCGCGAUGCAUGCCAGUUAAGAAGCGAGGUUGCUGCAUUUGUGAGACAAAACGUCGCCGCGGUCCGCAACCUGUAUACUAAGACCAUUGAAGCGCCCGAGUUCUCGCAGGCACUCUUCUGGAAAACCCAGAAUCAAGUAAAAAUCAAAGGUAAAUGA